AUGGGUGGACAAAUUGAUACAUCAGUUAACAACGGCGUGGACCUUAUAUCUUUCGACUUCAUGGACAGAACUUUCAUCAAAUCGGCAGCUUGCUACCUACUCAGGGCACUUCUCCUGCAUUUGCCCAGUUGUAUAUAUUUGAUACUGAAAAUGAAUUCUAAACGAAGAACACCUACCUCAGAAUCCAGAGCACUAAGAGCUGAUAUUGUUGAAGCAAUGAAAUCUAUGCUAGAUGAAUGCAAUCCAUACUGUAAGAUACUCCGAACUGCAAGGGAUCGUUUUGGGGAUUCAUUAGAAUCAUCUAAUGUUAAGAUUGUAUUGAUUUCUGGCCGUGAAGUCCUUGACAAGACUUAUACGCUCCCAACAAGUUCUGAAGUUGCCGCAUUAUUUGUUGGAGAUUUUGACACUGAAUUUGAUGGUAGAGAUAUUGUUGUCGAAACAAAGAGUAAGCAAUUGGCAAGGGUAAGUGAGCUUCACCCUGCAUAUCUUCCUUUACAGUAUCCUCUUUUGUUUCCAUACGGAGAAGACGGUUAUCAUAUAGAUCUCCAUCUAAAAAAGACCACCACAACAUCCAAAAAUCCACGGUUUCGAGUAAGUAUGCGAGAGUUUUUCGCAUAUAAAAUCAUUGAACGUCAUGGUCAGUUUAAUCCUCUUCUGCAUUCUGGGAAACUAUUUCAGCAGUUUUUGGUUGAUGGAUUUACAAUGAUAGAGGCUGAAAGAAUAGGAUAUCUUAGACUAAAUCAAAAGUUAUUGCGGGCAGAUAAGUACAAAAAUGUUGCAGCUUCUGCCGCUAAUGGAAAUCAAGAUGCUGAUAAGUGCGGCAAGCGAAUUCUCUUACCAUCAACUUUUGUGGGAGGUGCACGAUAUAUGCAAGAAAAAUACAGGGAUGCAAUGGCAGUUUGCCAAAACCUUGGCUACCCGACUUUGUUCAUUACAUUCACUUGCAAUCCUAAAUGGCCAGAGAUUACAAGACAUCUACAAGCAAGGGCCCUAAAAACAGAAGACAGGGCUGAUGUGAUCUCCCGAAUAUUCAAGAUGAAGUUAGAUAAUCUCAUCUUUGACAUCCAUAACAAAAACCUUUUUGGUCCAUCAAUCGCAGUGAUAUAUUCGAUCGAGUUUCAAAAAAGAGGUCUACCUCAUGCUCAUAUUUUGUUAUGGCUAAAGCGUGGUUCAAAACUGCCUACUACAAAAGAUAUUGACCAAGUCAUAUGUGCUGAAAUCCCUGAUGAAGCUACUAACCCUAUUCUUCAUGGAGUAGUUAAAGAACUUAUGAUCCAUGGUCCAUGUGGGUUAGUAAAACCACGUUCACCAUGCAUGGAAAAAGGAAAAUGCACCAAACACUUCCCAAAAGAAUUCUGCACAGAGACGUAUAUCAACAAGGAUGGUUACCCAAUGUACAGGAGAAGAGACGAUGGGCGAUAUGUAGAAAAAAAUGGAAUUCUCAUGGAUAAUCGGUUUGUAAUUCCUUACAAUCCUUAUCUACUUCUAAAGUACCAAGCCCAUAUAAAUGUAGAAUGGUGCAACCAAACAAGAGCAAUCAAAUAUUUAUUCAAAUAUGUAAACAAAGGUAACGACAGAGUUACAGCAGCAUCAGUUGAGUCAAUCACCACAACAGAUGAUGUGGAAGGUACUGUAAAGGUUAUAGACGAAAUAAAGGAAUACUACGAUUGCAGGUAUGUAUCGCCUGUUGAAGCAACAUGGAGAAUGUGGGGGUUUGACCUUCAUCACAGCAGCACAACUGUGCAAAGAUUGUCAUUUCAUUUAGAAGGGGAGCAAAAUAUAACAAUGGAGGAUGAAGAUGAUGUUGAUGAUGUUUUGACACGUCCGAGGAAUCACACAUCACAACUUUUAGAGUGGAUGAAAAUGAACCAACACAAUACGGAAGCACAAGAACUGACUUACAUUGAGUUUCCUAAACACUUUGUUUGGAACAAAACCAAAAGAGAAUGGACCAAGCGUAAACGAAAUUCAGCUGUUGGUCGGAUGCAUUUUAUCUCACCAUCUGCUGGUGAUGAGUUUUACAUGAGAAUCCUUCUAACUGUGGUCAGAGGUGCAACUAGCUUUGAGGAUUUACGUACUGUUGACGGCAUUUUGUAUCCAAGGUAUCAAGAUGCAUGUGCAGCCCUUGGUCUCCUAGAAGAUGACCAAUUGUAUAUCGAUACAAUCAUAGAAGCAAGCCAAUGGGGAUCAGCUAAGUACAUGCGUCAACUAUUUGUGAGGCUCUUGACUUCAGAGAGUUUCUCAUCACCUAAUCAUGUUUGGUUAAAUACAUGGCAUUUACUGGCAGAAGACAUAUUAGACAUGCAGAGAAGAAUACAAGAAAAACCAGGUCUCGAAAUGACAUCAGAUCAGUUAAAGAAUCAAGCUUUGAUUGAAAUUGAAAAGCUGUUACAGUCCAACGGAAGUAGCCUCAAAACUUAUUCUUCACUUCCAUAUCCUGUAAACAACAAUAUCCCAUCUUCUUCGAACAGAUUGAUUGCAGAAGAGUUGUGUUAUGACACAGAAAAGUGUGCUUCAGACCAUCAGAAGAUGCUUCCAAGUCUAACAGAUGAACAAAGGAAUGUGUAUGACAGAAUACUGGGUUCAGUCGAAAAGAAUUAUGGAGGUGUAUAUUUUGUUUAUGGAUUUGGAGGAAAAAUUGUGAUCAAUGUUGCGUCGAGUGGAAUGGCUGCCUUAUUAUUGGAAGGAGGAAGAACUGCUCAUUCAAGGUUUGCAAUACCAAUACAGCUCCACGAAACUUCAACAUGUCAUAUUGCUGCUGAUAGUGAUCUAGCGGGAUUGCUUUUGGAAUCUAAGUUGAUUAUCUGGGAUGAGGCACCAAUGUUGCAUAAACAUUGUUUUGAGGCUUUCGAUCGAAGUAUGAGAGAUAUAGCAAGAGCAGCUAAUGUUGAUAAUUUUGAUACUCCAUUUGGUGGGAAAACAAUUGUUUUUGGUGGUGAUUUUCGGCAAGUGCUUCCAGUUAUUGCUAAAGGGAGUAGAGGCCAAAUUGUUCAAGCUUCUCUAACCUCUUCAUCAUUAUGGCGUUUUUGCUCUGUUCUUCAUCUCACAAAAAACAUGCGUCUAACUAUUGAUUCAGAUCCUGCUGAGAUUAAAUCCAUCAAAGAAUUCUCGGAAUGGAUUCUAAAAUUAGGAGAUGGAAAGCUUUCUCAACCAAAUAAUGGUGAAGCUGUGAUCGAUAUUCCAGGUGACAUGCUUCUUAUGGAUAAUCUUGACCCUAUAGUUUCAAUCACGAAUGCUAUUUAUCCAUCUUUGCUUCAAAAUCUCAAAGAUGUGAAUUUUUUCAAGGGGCGGGCAAUCUUAUGUCCUACCAAUGAGGUUGUUCAGGAGAUCAACAAUCAUAUAAUGGAUAUUCUACCAGGAGAAACAAAGGAAUAUUAUAGUUGUGACAAAAUUUGCCCAACCGAUGCUUCUACUAUCAGAGAUGGGAAUGUCUCUAUUGAAUUCCUAAACUCAAUCAAAUGUUCUGGAUUGCCGAACCAUGUCCUGAAGUUGAAGAUAGGAGUUCCUAUUAUGCUCUUAAGAAACAUUGACCAGAAAAAUGGAUUGUGUAAUGGGACCAGAUUGCAGAUAACAAAGUUGGGAGAACAUGUCAUUGAAGCAAGAGUCAUCGGCCUAAACGACGAAGGUAACAAUGAUGAAGACAGAGUCUAUAUCCCUCGCAUGGCACUAACACCUACAGAUGUGAAGUUGCCUUUUAAAUUUCGCCGUACUCAGUUUCCUAUUUCUCCGUGCUUUGGAAUGACCAUUAACAAGAGCCAAGAGUGA